CACCAGCCGACGCCGCCGCUCCCCCUGCGGCAGCGCGCAGCGCUCGGCCCACGGCCCCGGCGGCGCGGUGCGGUACGGCGCGGUGCGGUGCGGGGACCCACGGGCACCCCACGGGCCAUGCGGACGCUCCCCGCGGGCGGCGGCCCGUGACGAGGGCGGCGGCGCGGGGCGGGGCGGCGCGGUCAGAUGCGGCGGCGGGGCGGCGGCGGGGCGCUGCGGCGGCGGGGCGGGCAGGAUGCACCAGAAGCUGCUGCGGAGCGCGCACUACAUCGAGCUGGGCAGCUACCAGUACUGGCCCGUGCUGGUGCCCCGCGGCAUCCGCCUGUACACCUACGAGCAGAUCCCCGUCUUCCUGAAGGACAACCCCUACAUCACCGACGGCUACCGGGCCUACCUACCCUCCCGCCUCUGCCUCAAGAGCCUCUUCAUCCUCUCCAACGAGACCGUCAACAUCUGGAGCCACCUCAUCGGCUUUGUCCUCUUCUUCACGCUGGGCAUCUACGACCUGACGGCCGUCCUGCCGGCCGCCGGCGCCUCCCGGGAGGACUUUGUCAUCUGCUCUGUCUGCCUCUUCUGCUUCCAGGUCUGUAUGCUUUGCUCAGUAGGAUAUCAUCUUUUCUGUUGUCACCGCUCAGAGAAGACCAGCCGACGAUGGAUGGCAUUAGAUUAUGCAGGAAUUUCCAUCGGUAUCCUGGGCUGCUAUGUGUCAGGCGUGUUUUAUGCAUUUUAUUGUAAUAACUACUGGCGUCAGGUAUAUUUAAUCACUGUGCUGGCAAUGAUCUUGGCAGUAUUUUUUGCUCAGAUUCAUCCCAGUUACCUCACACAACAGUGGCACAGACUGCGCUCCAUCAUCUUUUGCUCAGUGUCUGGAUAUGGAAUUAUCCCCACUAUCCACUGGGUUUGGCUCAAUGGCGGCAUUGGUGCAUCUAUUGUACAGGAGUUCACUCCGCGUGUAGUUGUCAUGUACUUCAUCGCUGCUGUAGCUUUUCUCUUCUAUAUUUCCAAAGUUCCAGAAAGAUACUUCCCAGGACAGUUGAACUACCUCGGCUCGAGUCACCAAGUAUGGCAUAUCCUUGCAGUGGUGAUGCUGUAUUGGUGGCACCAGUCCACAGUGUACAUCAUGCAAUACCGACACAGCAAGCCCUGUCCUGAGUAUAGCGCAGGCCUGUGAGUGAAGAGGCACUGCAAGGAAAUACCUGACUUUGAGGGCCUGGACCUUACCUAAUAAGCUGAGUUAUGAAGUUAAGCACUGAGGCCAUUCCUUUUCUGACUUCUGGACUGUUAUCUACUUGUUGGGACAGUAUAUUAUUAGGAGUUUUGAAAAAAACCAACAGUGUUGCCCAGGAUCUGACAUCCCUUUCCUGUUCUACAAUGAAGUACAAAACAGGUCUUCCUGGCGUGGGACAAGGCAAAGGUGGGCUGUAAAACUCCGCAUUCGGAUCACAGCAGUAUUUUUACCUUGCUUGGUAAACAGGAACAAUAGUAGUAAGGUCCCUUGCUGAGCUAAUGGACCCAUAUACCAGGUUUUCAGGUUUUGUUCAAGUGCAAAAUUAAGAAACCGCUCCCGACCGCGUGCUUGUAAAGCCAUGGUAACUGUGGGACCUGGUCUUGGAUCUAAAUCGUAGCAGAACAGUGCGUUGCAUCCUUCAGAGUCUUUGUCUGAAUGACGUGCUUACGCUUCAGCGUCAGUACCGUAACGUAUCAAACUGAAUUCAGUGGACUCCUGUACUUUUCUGGACAAACCCUUCCUUUUUCUGGAAGAUAAGAUCACAUGACAUCCACCAUAGCUAUAUCUUCCUUUCAGCUCUUAAAAAUCGCCUCCCCCAAGGUGGGUAGUGCCAUUACUUGAAGAAAUUUCUCUAGAUCCCUUCGCUAAUUUGCAAUUAGUGUUCUGAAAUAUUUCUGGAGUUACUCUAAGCCUGCGGAUUUAUGUUCGUUACUAUCUUGCAGUCAGUAGAGUUGCUAAGAAUUUUUUUAAGUUACUCUUGUUUAACAAGAUGAAAUAACACACCCUGAGUAGUGAACCUGCUCUGGAUUCCAAUCAGUGAACUUUGGCCUUUUAACCUGCAACAUGUUGUACUGUACUUGCAGACUUUGAUACUGACAAUGACUUCUCGCCGUAAGCUUGCCACAGUGAAAAGGUUGCCUUGGGUUUUAGAAUCUGUCAUGAAACCGUCUCUUACAAACUGAACAUGGGGGAGACUUGAGAUAUACAGGUCACUAGAUAGCUGUAGCUUAGUAUCCUUAGGCUCACUUGGUGCCAAUUUUUCACACAAACUUGGAAUUAUGUGGAUUUUUGGGUUAGAAUCAAUUUCAAGAGGCUUCUGUAUAGCACCUGUGCCUGUGUUAACAGUUCACUUGGGCAGCAGGAGCAAAUGCUGCUGCUUUGGGUGAUCUGGUGUCAGUGUUAGCCAGGUGGAGAUUACUCUGCCUCAAGAUGCUGUCACAACUUGAUCCCAAGUGGUUCAAGUUUGGGACCAGAGCUGCUGAAGGACACGAUGGCAUCGGCAUGGCCGCUGUUAGGAAGCGGGAGGUACCCUAACUGUUCCUGCUGGAACUACAGCUAGAAACAUUCUGUUGUGGGAUUAUAAAGUGUCCCAGCUGACCUUACUCUGACUCCCCCGUUACCUGCAGCGUGGCCUUCGAUCGUGUCCCAGCAUCUUCUCUCAUAUUUUGUAAUCAUCUGCCAGCAGCCAGCUUAAUGCACACUGACAGGGGCCUUGUAAGAUUUCAAGCCAGUUUUCUUAUCCCUGAGGCCAAGGAAGAGACAGCACUGCCCUGCAGCAGGCCAGGAAAGCCUUCAGCAACUCUGCUAAAAGCUGUAUAACACAUGAACAACCCUUCCUGAUCUGUUGGCCUGGUCAAUACUAGGCUCCUGCCUCUUUCCUCUUGUGGGGGGCUUUCCCGUGAUGGGUUUUAGCUUAUGGGGAGGGGGGAGAUGCUGGCUUCCUGCGGUGCCCUCCUUGGGGUGGACAGGCUGCUGUCCGGUCCCCCCAACGCUGCCUCCUCCCUGGGCUAAACGUGCCCAGCUUGCUCAGCCUUUCUCAUCAGGGACAUGCUAAGGAGAUGUGGAAUAGCGAUGGACACGUACUGUCAGGAACCUGAAAGGCUCCUGGGGGAUGGAGAGGGCAGGGUACUUCCCUGCCGCUAUGCUGGGGAGUAACGCAAACUGUUCCCUAAGCUCAGUGGGUGGUUUUGCAUUUUCUUCCAACUCCAGAGGCACGUAGUAGCAAGAACUGACUGUGUAUUUAACUCCCAGAUCUUUGCCCCUUUCAGUUUAAACACUGAUUAGGGCUUUCUUCAGUUGUGUGGGUGGGUUUUGCGUUGGUUUUUUUUUUUUCUUUUUUUAAAAACUUGACAGCCAAGCAAGUUCCAAGUGCACUCAUUACUACUACUGAAGCCUGACAAGGAACCUGCAAGUAUAAAAGCUUGUGUCCAGUAUUAUGUGAACAGUAAUAUUUGAAGAAUGUGUGUUUGUGUAUUGAAAGCAUACUGACUUAAUAGUUUGCUAAUGUAUUUUUUUUUAAUGUAAACUCUAACUACUGUAGCAGUUUUCACUGGAUAAGGAAACUGACUGCGAAGCUGUACAUUUUUAUUACCCUGACAAAAUUUAUCAAGCUGCAUGAUGGUUGUUUAUGUACAUACUGAACCUGUAAAUAAAUUUUAGUUCAUUGGA